AUUUCAGACAACCCUCCAACAAACAUACGCUCGUUGUUAGCAGCAGGAGGCUUGUGUCUUUUUUGUAUCAUAUCUACAUUUUUCGUUCUUCUUCCCCUGGCCUACCCCAAGAAAUGCGUCUGCGAUUCAUGGUCCCUGCAGCAGUGCUGCUGGGCAGUGUAUCAGCCAAAACAAUGAGCCAGGCUCUUGUCGACCAUGGAUCACUCUCGAUGCUUCACAGUCUCCUGAAAGACCUGAGUCUAUUGGAAAGGUUCGAAACGGCGGAAAGGUCGACGUUUCUGGCAAUGACGGAUGAUGCCCUCGUGGGUCUCGCGAACUGGGGACUGAAUAUGAGCACCAUCGACCCAACGCUUGCCCGAGCCAUUCUUGAGUACCACUUUCUCGAGGGAGUCUUCACAUCGUCAGACCCUUUACUGAAGGCAGACGUCCAACUCGCCCACUCAGUCUUGCGCCCACCGGUUUUGACAAACGUCACAGAUGGUCCAGUGGUGAAGCUCUCCAUCAUCGACGAAUCAUUGUGCGCCGAAUCUGGCAUCCAAAAGGUCAUACACAUCAACGAGUCUGACAUUGCCCACGACAACGGCGUUAUACAUACCAUAGACAGUAACCUCGUUUUGCCGCAUAAUAUCUCGGAGACCACCAACCUGGACAACUUCCACAAGUUCUGGGAUAUCAUUGAGAGGUCAAGAACCAGGGAAGUUCUAGAGGCUAUGAAGGACGUGACUGUCUUUUUGCCAGAUGACAACGCAGCAAGACAGUGGAGCUCUGCGCUAGAGUCUCUUACUCCGGAACAGCUGGCAACAGUAGUCGAAAAUCAUGUUGUUCCCAACCGGGUUCUCUAUCACAGCGCCUUCUCCGCUGAGGGAAAUGAGUACAUGACCUUGGGUGGGUUGAAAAUUACUGUCAGACAUGAUUCUAGAGGCAAUGUCUUCGUCAACGAAGCAAAGAUACUCAAACAAGAUGUACUCAUUUUCGGUGGCGUCGCUCACAUCCUGGACGGGAUACUGGUCCCUUUGGGACACAGAGAUUCCACUUGCCAAUCGUUAUUCGGUAAGAUUCGGACCUACACGGGGUUGCGUUCGACUUCAUGGAAGGUCAUGGCAAAGACUUUUAUUGUUACCACAAGUGCCUUCUCUCUGGCGGUCCUUGCAUUCCUCACGGUUAGGAACCGAAGGAGCAAGAGACAGACUAUGUCGUUGGCUUGGUCAACAACGAGCUGGGAGAAACAUUUACGAGGCAUCACCAAUGAGAAAGGUCAUGAAGGGAGCUUCUAG